AUGAAAAAUUUCAAACAGCUGACAUCAGAUUCGAAGUCUCCGCAUCGAAAUACCUCUGGAAAUGUCUUUUCGGAAAAAUCGAUUUUCGAUGUUUUUUUUUACCCUGCAGACAUACAAGCAAGCAAUCAAACAAUUUAUGUUUCUACGACUCUUCUCUACGAGAAAGAGAAUAAGUCUGUUCAUUAUAUUUAUCAUCGAAUAUCAGCGCUUCAGCAUCGUCCAGUAUCAACAAUUGAUUGCUAUCGAAUAUCAAUGAAUGAUCUUUCUCGAACACCAAUGAUCCCUCAUCGUCGAAUACCGAUUAUUGAUCAUCAUCGAAUAUUAACCACAUGUUUUAGUAGAAAACUUCAUGAAACUAUUUCAACAUCUUCCUUCAAGAAGCUUCCAUCGCAGCCAAAAAACACCACACUUUCUCAAAGUAACAGCUUCCAUUUCUCACAAACUGUUAAAUCUUUGGAACUUAUACUCUUUUCAACACUUUGUCACAUAUAG